AUGAGAAGUGAAAUUGAUGCCCUUAAAGCAAACCACACUUGGACACUUCAACAUCUUCCACAUGGAAAGAAACCCAUCGGUUGUAAAUGGGUAUAUAAAAUCAAGCUUAAACCGGAUGGAACAGUGGAGCGGUACAAAGCUCAUUUGGUUGCAAAAGGGAACAACUUGCAACAAAUUCAAGCAACCAAAGAAUUCUUGAGAAAACACUUCAAACUCAAGGACCUUGGGCAUUUAAAAUACUUCUUGGGGAUAGAGGUGGCCCGAUCAGCAAAAGGAAUUUCACUCUCACAAAGAAAGUAUGCACUAGAAAUACUAGAAGAUACAGGUUUUCUAGGAGCCAAGCCAGCAAAGUUUCCUAUGGACCAAAAUUUGACUCUCACCCAAUCAAAUGGAGAACUUCUAAAGGAUCCUUCCUCAUAUCAAAGAUUGGUUGGCCACUUGAUUUAUCUAACUAUCACGCGACCAGAUUUGGUAUACGCAGUACAUGUUUUGAGUCAAUUCAUGGAUAAACCUAGGGUGCCACACCUUGAUGCAGCUCAUAGAGUCUUGAGGUAUCUAAAACAAACACCAGGCCAAGGAAUUCUGUUAUCAGCCACAAGUUCAAUUCCGCUAAGAGCCUUUUGUGAUGCCGAUUGGGCACGUUCCAAGGACACUAGAAGGUCAAUUACUGGCUAUUGCAUAUUUCUUGGUCAAUCACCUAUCUCUUGGAAAACUAAGAAGCAAACAACAGUUGCCCGAUCGACCGCGGAGGCAGAGUAUCGUUCCAUGGCAACCACAUGUUGUGAAAUAACUUGGCUCAAAUAUGUCCUAAAUGAUUUGAGGAUCAAACAUUCACAAUCUGUCAUCUUAUAUUGUGAUAAUCAGGCGGCUCUCCAUAUUGCUUCAAAUCCGGUUUUCCAUGAACGGACUAAGCACAUAGAAAUUGAUUGUCACUUGGUACGUGAAAAGCUUCAAGAAGGCAUGAUACAAACUGCUCAUAUUCGAACAAGUGAUCAACCAGCAGACUUGUUUACUAAAGCUUUGAGUUCAUCUUAG